ACCAUGGGAUUGGCGUUUAUGCUUUUGAGGAUCGUAUCCACUCUCUUUUUAGUAGGAUCGAUCGGCGUGGUAAUACGCCUGUAUAAUUCACUCGUGUUGAUCCCCGGGAGACAACGUUCGAAGCUGCGAAAGCAAGGGAUUCGAGGUCCCCCGCCAUCGAUCCUGGUCGGUAAUCUGCUGCAGUUGGGGAAGAAGACAGAGUCCAAAAAUUCAAAUGUGACACGAGACGGAAAACAAGCGAUAACCCACAGUUGUUGUUCCGAUGUUCUACCGUUUCUCGAUAAGUGGAGACGACAGUAUGGUCCGACAUUCAUGUUUUCGAUGGGGAACAUACAGGUUCUGCACAUGAGCCACCCGGAUGUCGUGAAAGAGAUGUCGGCAUACACUUCUUUUGACAUGGGAAGGCCUUUUUAUCAGAAACAAGGGCUUCAUCCACUGUAUGGGGAGGGGAUUCUGCAUGCAAAUGGUGCAGUAUGGGCACAUCAAAGGAAAGUAAUGGCUCCUGAAUUCUACAUGGACAAGGUCAAGUCCAUCAUGUGUAGGGUAUGAUGACAUUAAUGGUGGAGUCCGCGGUUCUGGUGAUAAAAUAGUGGAAUCGGGAGAUUGAAUCCGCCGGGUGAGUUGCCGACAUAAAGAUCGAUGAGCAUUUAAGGAACUUUUCUGGAGAAGUGAUCUCAAAAGCCUGUUUUGGAAGCAAUUGUAAAGAGAUAAUCUCAAAGCUCAGAGCACUUCAAGAAAUUGCAUGCAAGAAAGUAGCCUUGCAAGGGAUUCCUGGUCUCAGAUCACUGCCAACC